UUCCCCAUGUGUUCCUCUAUAAUACACUCACACAGCACGUUCUUGGCACAUUAUCUAAAUCAGUGCUCCUGCAUCUUGUAUCUAGGAGCCGUGCCAAGCAGGUUUACUGAAGCAGAUUAGAGAAGUCUUCCUCAGAAUCAAAGUCUAGCCUUGUCUUCAGUUUUAAGCAGCAAUAUGGGUACAAAGAAGUUCAUCAUAUUUUUCUGUUGGCUUGCCUGCGCCAUGGGGCAUGAAUUCUACUCAUCCACAGAUCUCAUGGCAAAUCUCAUAACAAAGGAGGAGGAACUGGUGCAAAGCUUUGGUGAUUACAUUGAAGCAGUGGAGGUACAUCUAUUGAAACUGAGAAGUGUUCUGCUGGUUCUUCAAAUACUGAAACUCUCUGGGAGACCAGACCUAGAGAUGAGCGACCCACUAGCAGCUUACAAGUUAAUGAGGAGACUGAGAGAGGAAUGGGCAACUAUUGCUGAAUACACUAAACUGAGUCCCUUUCAGGAGUAUCAGGACCUUUUGGAAUACGAGUUACAGCAGAUCCCUGGCAAAAAUGAUUUAGAUGAAGCUGCUGUUGGGAUAAUCAGACUUCAGGAGAUCUACAAGCUCUACCCACAGAACAUCACUACAGAUCAUUUAACAGGGACAACAGUCCAUUUAAACUUGGACCAAACCUACCAUUUGGGGAAAGUGGCUUACACAUUGGGAAGCUACCAGCAUGCCUUCCUAUGGUUCCUCCAGUGUCUCUCUAAGAUAAAGGAACAUAAAGAUGCAGACAUUUUGAAGCAACUGCUGUUUGAGUACCUCGGAUCAUCGGCCUACCUCUUUGGAAAUCUGCCUUAUGAAAUCUACUUCACUCAGCAGCGUGUAAAUCUGGAUCCGACUAACCUGGAAGCUAGACUUGACCUGGUCAGUUUAAAAGGUCAGCGUUCUGCACACAUCUCAAAUCCAGAUAUUCUCACACUAAAUGAAACUUCAAAAAGCACCUAUGAGGCCCUCUGCAGGGGGGAGGCAGUCAAGAUGAAGUCCAGAAGGAAGAGGCAGUUGACCUGUAGAUACAGCACGGUUGGAGGGAACCCCAAACUCAUGUAUGCUCCAGUGAAAGAGGAAGAGGAGUGGGACAAGCCACCGUUCAUGAGAUACCACGAUGUCAUCUCAGAGACAGAGAUAGAGCACCUGAAAAACUGUUCAAGGCCUAGGCUUCAAAGGUCUGAAGUUAAUUCCAAAGAUAGUCCAGUUUCAUUUAACCGUGUGUCACAAAGCGCUGGGCUCACUGAGGAAGAUCCUGUUGUUUUCCGGGUUAUUCAGAGACUGUCUGACAUAACAGGCAUGGACAUGGAGUCGGCAGAUUCACUGGAGGUGUCAAAUUAUGGGAUCGGUGGACACUUUGGACCACAUUAUGAUACCGGGAAACGUGAUGAAAGCUCUGAUGGCUACAGGAUUGCCACCAUCUUGAUCUAUCUGAGUGAUGUUGGUGUUGGAGGGGCCACCGUGUUUCCCAACAUAGGGGCUUCACUGAAACCACAGAAGGGUACUGCAGUGAUGUGGUACAAUCUCUUACAAAAUGGGCAAGUAGAUGAGCAGAGCCUACAUGCUGGAUGCCCUGUCUUUCGAGGAAGCAAAUGGAUUGCUACCAAAUGGAUUCGGGAACGAGGACAGGAGUUCAGGAGACGGUGUGCUUUGUCUGAGACAGAAUGAAGAUUUUCUCUUUCUUUCUCUCCAUCUCUGGGAUCUUCAUAGUCAUCACCUGUGCAAACUUAUAGCUAUUUUAUCUGUGUCAAUGUUAACUAUUGCAGAGCACAGAGCUCAUCUUAUUGAAGACUGUAUUAAAAGGGUAUUCCACUGAUUUUUCCAAAUUUCUGCAUAAUUCAAUUGUUGAGAGAAGUCAGUCAGAGUGGUUUGGUGUGAACUAUAUAGAGAAACCUACUAAAUGCAAUAUAUUUACAGUGGUAGUGAU